UUCAACAUCCUAACAAGCAGAACUGUCUGGCCUGCUUCCCACACAUCCUUUCAGAUUCGGCAGUCUCCAUGGCACCACGCGCAGCUGCCCUAGCGGCGAGCACCACGUACGACAGCGACGAUGCUCUCCAGUCUUCGAAUGGUCUGGACGACAAACGCAACAUGACAGCGACAACACGCGCAAAGACGACCACGCGGCGCGCCAGUGCUGGCAAACCUGCGACGAAGCGCAAAGCAGCCCCGAAACAGCCGCGACAAGCUCUGAAGGAUCGCACGAACCUGCAGCCUGCCAGCGAUACGGAAGAGGUAGAGGAGUUCGACGACGAUGCGAUGGAUACCAAACCGAAGGCCAAGCGGGCGAAGACGACCGCUGCGCGCAAGCCUGCCGCGUCGAAGGAGACCAAGAAGAGCACUGUGCUCGCAAAGAAAAAGACCGUCAAGCGUGCGCCUUCUUUAGACGCCCUCGCAACCAUUCCUGAAACACAGCAAGACCCGGAUCGGAUGGAAGAUGUAGAGCAGUCGAUCGAAGUGGACCCGAGCAACAUGGACAUCGCACAAGAGCCAACGCCGAAACCUAUACAGAAGUUUGUUCAACGCGCGCCUUCUUUGCAGCCACGAGCGAGCACACGGCCGGGAUCAUCACAACCCACCUACGCGCCAAUCAGGGAGCGUAGCGGAAGCGCAAGCGCAGUGGAGAGGCGAGGCGGCGACCCAGAGCUGCGAAGGUCGCUGAAUGAGAUGACCAAGAAGUACGAGACCUUGAAGCUGAAACACGAGAGCCUGGAGGAGAUCGGCAAGAGCAGUGCCGAGACGAACUUUGAGAAGCUCAAGCGCGCGAGCGACCAAAAGGCGAAAGAUGCGAGCGAACUCAUCGCAUCCCUGAAGAAGGAACUGGCUGAUCUCAAGAAAUCAACAUCCUCUGUCUCGACGGAAACCACUGGUCUUCAAAAACAGAUCGAUUCACUCACCACGUCGAAUAAUAAGUUGACCGUCGAACGCGAUGAUCUGAAGGGAAAACACCAAGUCUCGCAGAACGAAGUCAAAUCACUGGAGGCUAAGCUCAUGACCGCCCGUCAGCAGAUCUCCCAUAGUGCGCAAGAAGCCGAGACAGCUGCGAAGAAGCACACCACUAGCACCGCUCUCAGCUUGGGCGACGCUCAGAAGGAGGCCAAGAUGAAGGAGAAUCUCUACGCAGACCUCACGGGACUUCUGAUCCGGGCUGUCAAGCCAUUGCACUUCCAUCUCUCGAUCGCGAACGACUCGACUACUCCGCAUCCCAAGACACCAUCCGGUCUCAGCUACGAGGAGGCUGAAUUCGCGUACGAGCCACUUCUCGACGAAAGCAGAGACAGAGACCUGCUCGACCUGCUUCCCGACUACCUCACCGAAGAGAUUUGUUUUCCCAGGAACCACGCACAGCGCUUCUACAGCAAAGUAGUUGACAGCAUGACGAAGAGGAUCAUUGUGGAAGAUGAUUGA